CGCUCACGUGUUUGUAAGAUGUCUAUCCCUAUGCUCCGUUUCCUGUGCUCCCCCAGCUCCAUUCACAUCCUUGUCCACCCCGCGAAAACGGGUGGGCAUCGCUGGUGGUUGCAUUACCUACAAACACCCGCUGUUACUCGCCUGUUUGAUUCUAACCCAUCAGCGCGGGACUCGGCGAGAGAGAGCCCCUGGUGGCAAAAGCACUCAUUUGGCUGCCGCGCAAGCUUUUGCACCCUCGUGCGUUGUCUAGAUGCUGCCUGGGGCUCCAUUUCGAAUCAGUGAUUUGAUCUUCACACCUCUCUUCAUGCCACCCAUCGUCGGCUGCCUCCUGACCAGUGCUGUGUCUUUUUUCCUCUUUUUUUUUGCCUUCAUUUAGCCUUCAAGAAUUCUCCUCCCGACGUGCCCCCAGUUCGUCGUUGAAGUUAUCCAUCUUCUCCGCCGACCUGUGUAAAUCAGAGGAGCUUGUUCAAUCACGACCUUAAGACCUAUCGACUUCUCCACUUUCUCCUCAUAUCGAUAUCUCAUCAUUCUCUCGCAGCACCACCUUCUUCAAGCCCGUUCGUGGGCCAAACCACACACUAUCGUUUGAAAGGAUGCCGCCUAUUAACCAAGCUGCUGCUAUCGCCUCAGUUGGCAUCAUUGCUGUAUCGGUAGCCGCCGUAGCCGCAAUAGCCAUCUACGAGUCUCCCGAGGUGCGACGCCGAGUCAACGACAUCCGCCAACGUAUCGCCCUUGCCUUCCAAGGCUGGGAUGACGAGUUUGACGAUUCCCGACCCCGCAAUCCCAACACCCCCCGCUUCAAUCGUCCCGAAGAUGCACACGGAUUCUACCAGUCUCGUGCCGAUGUUGGCGUUGACGCCGAUGAGGAGACCAAGCGAAGGCAACGGGAGGAACUCAUGUACUGGAACGCCAAGCGUGCAGAGAUGAUGGGGGAAUCCGGCCGCGAACCUGCUACUACUACUACUACUACACACCGACCAACAUCCUCUACUACCCGCGGCUCGAGCUUUGACGAUUUCCUUAGUGAGGAUACGACAGCCGGGCCUGGGACAUUUGUUUACAACACGGGCACCGAUGUCAGGGGUACUGAGAAUGAUGCGCUUAGGCGCCGUGGAGCAGGCCGUUCUGCCGCCCCCGGUGUCCGUGGAUUGACUGCCGCCAUGAUUCUGGAUCCCUUCAGUGACGAGUUUGGUAUCGAGCUAGACGAACGUAUCAACAUGGUCGACGAGGAAACCCGCUUGAUGGCUCCUAGCCAAGACGAGAUGGUAUCGAAUAGGUCAGACAUUUACAACGCCACUCCGACAGGUCUUCAAUCGCCCGUUUCCCGUACCCUUUCGCCGGAGCCCAGAGUCUCAGUCACUGCUCCACCUAAUGAAGUUUUGUUUGAUUUCGAGACAAAUUCACAGUCGGCAGCCGUCACUGCGUCGGAAGACAACCACGAGCGGUCCGGAGCCCCAACCCCUACCACGGUCCGCAGCACGACCGACACCCUCGAGCGCGAUUUGGAUGUGGAUGAGUACAUGACUGCUGGGCAGGAUGAUCGUUCUACGGCUUAUGCUUCUAUCCAGGAGUGGGCACAAGGCUCCUCCGGAAACGCCGGGUUUUACUCGCCAUUGCCCGUCACCCCGACCGAGCCCAUGUCUGAAGCCGAGAUGGUCAGCGCAGGGCAGCUCACGCCUGUGGACACCAUGUCCCUAGCGGACUCUGGAGAGCACAUUGAAAACUCCGACGCGGUCUCUUCCAGGGCUCAAGAUUUUGAUGACUUGAGCGACAGCGAUGAUGGUAUCGCCACUCCUGGCAGUUGGUCUGAUGUUGGCAGUGUCAUUAGCGAGACUGAUGAAAUUGCUCAUCAGCCACAACACGCUUAAAUCUAUCCGACUUCUGUAGCGUAUCAGACGUCACAAAUCCUCUGCUAUUUGGAAAUUCACCAUUAGGAUCAUUAUCGGCAUCUGGGCUCGGCGUUACACAGGUUAUGGGUCCUAUUUAUGUAUGGUGUCUGGGCAAUUCGUUGGACCGUUAUUUGAUUUUGGGUAAUGUUUGUUGGACGACAAUUAAGUGGAGAGGGUAUUUCCAAUAAGUCCUCACGAACAUCAAGAGCCUGCAAACUUUAUAGACGUAGUACGAUAGUAUCCACAUUUUGUUGUAGCUCAACAUCACUUUGAUGGAUGCAAUACGCCGCAUUUAAGACAGCCAUAUCCAAUCAAAACACUCGUGGUUGGAAUGGCUAUGGGGUAAUCGCCGGAUGCAUCGCUAGCUUGUAAAUAUAUCGCUCUGUCCCUGCUCUCUCGCACUCGCCUGUCAGCUACUCCCCUUCGCAUC